GGUAGACAAUGGACAAAUAAUUCUUCAUAGCCUUUAUUCUGUUCCAUUCAGUUAUCAAGUAACAGAGCAUGGCAAUUGAUAACUCAGAACAAGUGACUCCCACAUUUCUUCGUCCUGCCCCUUCCCAAUCUCCUCCCAGAUGACCUUAUAUUUGCUGCCUACUGCAGGUUCUCUCUCAUUCCACCUGUAGGACACCUAAUUGCCGUUACACUAAACAUUUUGCCAGUGAAUCUGAAAUAGAUUGCUUUCCAAUGGACCUCUCUGUGACCAUUGCGAUCUGCUUGAUGUUCUGCUGUAUCUGGGAUGCAGAAAGUCGGAAAUCAAAUGGCGUCCUAACAGUGCCAAAUGGAGCACCGGGGGGCACUUGGGGGGAACUACAGUUCUGUACUUCAGGACAUGCCAAUGGAUUUGCAAUUAAGGUACAAAAACCGCAAGGUAUACUAAAGGAUGAUACAUCUCUGAAUGGCAUCCGUCUUUACUGUAAAUCUGGAGAAACAAUUGAGUCUACAGUUGGAUUGAAAGGAGACUGGUCAAAGAGUAUAAUUUGUUCCAAAGGCUUCCUGAACUCCUUUUCUCUAAAUGUGGAAAAACCACAGGGUCUGCUUGAUGAUAGCGCAGCCAACAACAUUAAGUUCAAAUGUCAAGACGGGGAAGAGCUGAAGGGCAAUUCAUAUGAGUGGGGUACAUUUGGCCCCUGGAGCUUGUCUUGUGAAACUGGUGCAAUAUGUGGGAUCCAAACAAGAGUACAGCCUGACAAAACUGGAGUCCUUGGUGAUGACACGGGACUUAAUGAUGUUAAGUUCCACUGCUGUGAUUAAAAUGAUUCAAAUGUAAGCUUUUUAGCCUUCUGACAACAGGGCGAAGAGCUAUUUAUAUUCCUAAUUGUUUAACGACAUAAAUCUUAAUCACCAUUAAACCUUAAACAAAGA